AUCAUGGAUGUGAAUUUCUCCACUGUUCUGGAUAGCAACGUGUCGGAGAGAGACUCGUCUAAGCGUGUGCUCACAGGCUGCUUCCUCUCCCUCCUCAUUCUCACCACUCUGCUGGGGAAUACACUGGUGUGUGCCGCCGUCACCAAGUUCCGCCACCUGCGCACCAAGGUAACCAACUUUUUUGUCAUCUCGCUGGCUAUCUCUGAUCUGCUGGUGGCUAUCCUGGUAAUGCCAUGGAAGGCAGCGACAGAAAUCGUUGGCUUUUGGCCCUUUGGUGCCUUCUGUAAUGUCUGGGUGGCAUUUGACAUCAUGUGCUCCACUGCCUCCAUCCUUAACCUUUGUGUCAUCAGUGUGGAUCGUUACUGGGCGAUAUCCAGCCCUUUCCGCUAUGAGAGGAAGAUGACGCCGAAGGUGGCGUUUGUGAUGAUCAGCGUGGCAUGGACGCUCUCCGUGCUCAUCUCCUUCAUACCCGUGCAGCUCAACUGGCACAAAGCGCAGACGAUCAGCUACAGCGAGCUCAACGGCACCUACGUCGACAUCCCGCCCGACAACUGCGACUCCAGCCUCAACCGGACGUACGCCAUCUCGUCGUCGCUCAUCAGCUUCUACAUCCCCGUGGCCAUCAUGAUUGUCACCUACACCCGCAUCUACCGCAUCGCCCAGGUGCAGAUCCGCCGCAUCUCGGCACUGGAGCGGGCGGCGGAGAGCGCCAAGAACCGCCACAGCGGCACGGUCAACAGCGCCGCGGCCGAGUCGGAGAGCUCCUUCAAGAUGUCCUUCAAGCGCGAGACCAAAGUCCUCAAGACCCUGUCGGUGAUCAUGGGCGUGUUUGUGUGCUGUUGGUUGCCCUUCUUCAUCCUCAACUGCAUGGUGCCGUUCUGCGAACCCGAUGAGGAGGGCGGCAGCGACUUUCCCUGCAUCAGCCCCACCACCUUCGACGUGUUUGUGUGGUUCGGCUGGGCCAACUCCUCGCUCAACCCCAUCAUCUACGCCUUCAACGCCGACUUCCGCAAGGCGUUCUCCAUCCUGCUGGGCUGCCACCGCCUCUGCCCCAGCAGCAGCAACGCCGUCGAGAUCGUCAGCAUCAACAACAAUGGGGCCGCGGUGCUGCCACCGCCACCGGCGGCCAUUUGCAACCAGUAUCAGCCCAAAGGGCUCAUCCCAAAGGAGCCCAACAGCAACAGCGGCAGUUACGUCAUCCCCCACAGCACCCUGUGCCCGGAGGACGAGACCCAGUGCAAAGAGGAGGAGACUGGGAUUAAGGAGUUUGAGAAACUCUCACCCUCCAUGUCCGCAAACUUGGAGAGCGACACGGACGUCUCGUUGGAGAAGAUCAAUCCCAUCACACAGAAUGGCCAGCACAAAUCCCUUGCCUGUUGA